UGUUGACACGCGUGUGCGCUCCUUUUAAACUGGGUACGUGCCCGACCUGUGAACUAGCAGGGUGGUUUGUGUUGGUGUCGUUGUUGCGCGGUUGGUAUUCCGCGCUUGGGACAUCACAAUAAUAUGGGUGGCGAGAAGCAACACGAGCACCGGGAGCACGCGGCGGGACCGUCAUUAGCCAAGAAGGAAAAGAGCAAGCGAAAGAAGGGGAACGGCGGCAACAGCCCAAACCUCGGGGAGCCUGGCGGUGACCACGCAAGAAGAGAAACGGAAGGAGAGAGGGGUAUGGUGGCUGAGAUAGCAGCUGGUGGCGCCGAACAGCAGCAGGGUGGCGGCAGCAACAAUAGCAGCAGCAGCCACAGCAUCAACCACAGAGAUGGUUCAGCCGAGAGCCCAUCACACCAGCGGCCACAGGAGCAGCAGCAGCAACAGGCCGCAAGUUCGGCCAAGGCCACCGUGUCCAACUCUAACUCGGAAGCCAGCAGCGGUAGAUGCAUAGAUGGCGGUGGGAAGAAGGAGAGGAGCAAGAAGCGUCGUCGAAAGGAAGCAGACGACGCAGCAGCAGCAGCCGCUGCACCAGCACCAGCACCCGCACAACAAGCAGCGUGCUCAUCGCCAACGCAUCCUGGCGAUGUUGAACAUGUGCCGCCGGUCGAGAGAUGCAGCGAUCACGGUGGGAAGAAGAAGAAGAAGAAGAAGAAGAAGAGCAAGGGUCGUCGUCGAAAGGAAGCAGCAGCAGCCGCAGCAGCAGCUGCAGCACCGGCAUUAGCAUCAGCGACUACACCAACACCAACCUGUUCAUCGUCACCAGCGCCUCCGCCGCGCCAUGCUGAACAGGUGCCACCCGUCGACAGCAGCAACCGACACCGCACCAAGAGACCCAAGAAGGCAAGGGAGGCGGGCCACAAUAGCAGCACCAAUAACGACAAGAUGCCGAUAAGUCCCGUGCAAACGAAAGGAUCGCCACCUUCUGGGGGAGGCAACACAGCGGGGCGGGCGGCGGCGGCGGCGGCGGCGGCGGCAGGGUCUGGGUCGGGCGCUCCAAGGCUGUCGGAGCUGCAGAAGCGCAUGCGGCAGAAACUGGAGGGCGCCCAGUUUCGCAUGAUCAACGAGACGUUGUAUACGUCGGAGAGCGGGGCCUCGCUCGCGAAAUUCAAGCAAGAGCCGGAACUUUUUGAUGUGUACCACAGAGGAUUCCGAGAACAGGUGGAGAAGUGGCCGGUGCAUCCGCUGGAUAUCAUCAUCGACUGGCUGAAGAAGUACCCGAAGGCGCGAGUGGCCGACUUUGGCUGCGGGGAGGCGCGCCUUGCGGCGACGGUGCCCAACAAGGUGCACUCGUUCGACUUGGUGUCACCCAACCCGCUGGUGACCGCGUGCGACAUGGCCAACGUCCCGAUCAAGGACGCCUCGGUUCACGUGGCCAUCUUCUGCCUCUCACUCAUGGGGACUAACCUCGCGGACUUUUUGCGCGAGGCUCAUCGGGUGCUCGUCCCGGGGGGGCUCGUGAAGGUGGCCGAGGUGAGGAGCAGGUUCGAGGGAGAGGAGGGCGGGGUGGAGCGUUUCUUGGAGGUGACGAAGCGGCUCGGCUUCGACACGAUGCAGAUGGACCGCUCCAACAAGAUGUUCCUCCUCGCGGAGUUCAAAAAGUCCGGUCGGAAGCCGGAGAGGGGCGUCGAGUUCGAGGCUAAGGCUUGCAUAUACAAGCGGCGAUAGGGACGGACUUUUGAGCGCGUAGCAGCUCCGUCUGGAGUGUGUCAAGCGUUCUCUUCUGGGAAGUGCUGAUGUGCUGACGACAUAGGAGCUAGAAGCUGGAGGCGCUAGACAAGGGUCCAUUGUUCCGAUCAAGGAUGUUGGAAUUCUUGUUCAGCCUCGCCAUAGUUGCCGCCGUCUAGAAGUGAGGAGGUUUUCACGACUACGUAUCGAUUUGAUCGUCGGAGUAGAUUGGUUCUUGUAUCGGUGCCGCCGCCGGGGAGGUUGUUUCAGCGGCCAAGGGCUCGCGUGAGUGCGUGGAGGCCAACCAGUACGUGGCAGAUUUGUUUUUUGGCAAGGGUUUUCCAGUGCAUUCCACGGGCGUUAUCAAUGAGGGGGUGAUUAUAUCACCGAUAUUCACUUUGAAAC